UCCGGCUCAGCCCCGCCCCCGCCGUCGCUGUUUCAAUCACCAAGGCGAGGAUUGGCCGUCCCCAUGUACGAAAUGAAGCCAUUACCUGUGGAUUCCAGAAUAUUGUCACUGGCCGCCCAGGUCACUGAAAGCUUUGAUCAGGAUGUUCCUGUGUUACUGCUGAAGCUGAAAGAUAUUUUAAGAAGUGUACCCAGUGGAAGUAAUGAUUUACAAAAACUUAAGCAAGACUUGUACUACUAUGAUCUGGUUCAAUAUUGCCUAUUUGUCCUUAAGCAAGAUUAUACAAGAGUGUUGGGAGGUUGGACUACUGCUGCCCAAAUAGCAGAGAUACUAAGCCUAUGUUGUGUGGGUCUUGAGGUGAAAGAAGAACCUGAGGAAUUUUACAGUAAGCUACUUCCUUCGGCUGUAGACAAUCUCCUCUUCUUAGGAAAGCGCCUUCAAGCACGAUUUGUCCGUGCAAUCAAGGAUGAAGACCGAAGUGAAUUUUCACAAAGUUUCAAGAUAGUAACUGAUGCCCUCUGCCGGCUGUGUGAGGGGCAUGCUCAACUAACAGGAAAAGUGCUUCAGAAUGGACAGUUUCAUCAACUGCUGAUGACUGAUGAUGUUGAAACUUCAACUGUGAUUAUGUUGGUUUUGCAGAAGAUUUUAAAGACCAACAUUGCUGCAUUACUUGAACUGGAUGAAAAGUCCCUGCACUGCAUUUUAGAUGAACUUGUUUAUAAGCUUUCCUCUUCCACCAAUCCUGUCAUAGGAAAUGCAGCUAUAAAACUGUUACUGUUGAUCACAGAAUCUGAUGCCCAACUGUUGAUGACAUUAAUUAUCCGCUACAAAGGGCUACAGACUCUUCUAAGCAAGCAGUGGACUGGCAAAGGAUUUGAUAGGAACCUCAACCAACUUUUGGACUUGCUGUAUUCUGAAAACUACAAAAUUCACAAAACACAGGGACUACAACAAGCAGCAUGCAUAAUCCAGGCAGUGUGGAGAGGAUUUCAGACCCGGAAAAGAUUAAAGCAACUUCCAAAAGCAGUAACUACCUUGCAGAGGAAUUUUAGGGCUAAACGAGAACGGGAGUUGCAAGAUUUAAAAAAACAGAAAAAGGAAGAAGAGCUCCAACAACAACUGCAACUUCAGAGACAGAGAGCCAUGAGGUUGUUUCAUGAACGACAGCUUACAGUGUUGGAAAUAGUCCAUGCAGGUCAAGUAGACAAGCAUAUGCAUGAAAUGAAGGAGAAGUCCGCUAUAACAAUCCAAAGGUACUGGAGAGCAUUUAAAGCAAGAAGAAAUUUUCAGCAGCAAAAAAAAUCUCUCCAGCAAUAUAAGGCAGCUGUCAUCCUUCAGAGAGCAGUGCUUAAAUUCUUGGAAAAGAGAAGGAAAAAGAGGGCCUAUUCUCUCUGGAAGCAGCCCAAGUCUCUCUCGGAUGAACAGAGGUUAUCACUGCAGCAAAAAGUAGAUGACUACAUCAGACUGCACUCGGCCUCUGAGAUGUCAGAAGAAAUGAGCAGGGAACUUCAUCAUCAAGCCCAGGAAAAGCUGGCAAAGUAUUUGCUGAGACAAAGCCAAGACCACAAGGCAAAGCAGCACAGAGAGGCGUUGCUGGCCCAGGUCCAUACAGAUGUGGAUCAGCUGAUGUGUGCACCAAGUCUUGCAGAAUCUACCUUGACAGAUCUGAAUGUCUUCGUGAGUAGAUCGGUUCCUGUGGUAGCUAAAGCCAAACAAUCACACAACAGCAUGUUAAAAUACACACGAUGGCCCUGGUGGAAGAAAAUUGGAGAAGAAUUUUUUGAUGAAGACGCCAUCUCAGAAGAUCUUCUGAAUGUUGAAUUGGGAGCUUUGUUUGUUGCAGGGAGUAAAACAUAGUUGGGAAGAAGAAAACAAACUGUAGCUAAUAUCAGUGUGAUUGUACCACUGUGUCUUCUGUGACAGAACCUAUUCCAAGACAUUAUAGGGAGCAGUUCCCACAAUAUACUUAAAUGAAUGGCUGAGUGAUUUAUUGAAUUAGUCUUGAGACCAUUUCAAAUUGUUACAAGUUUACCUUAAAAACAAUUAAAGUUAACAUCUUAUGUUAAAAUAACAGAGGAGCAGAGUAAAACUAUACAAAUUAAACACACUGACCUCUUUGCACCACAUUUUUCCUGAAAUUCCCACCCUUGGAUGCAAAGUGGGCCACCUUCAAAGACACAGAAUGAUUAGAACCACUGAAAAGAAAAGACUUUUUUUCAACACAGGCCAGUUGCUCUUACUGAAAGGGGCCCAGAUAAAAUUCCCAAAAGCUUGAAUAACGGUGGCACUUGAAUAAAUAACAUCCUUUGUUCUCUACUACUUAGGCACAGCAUAUACACAGCCUAUCUGGAAGUGGAACACCUUUAAAUCUUCCCUGGAAGAGCACUGGAUCCAUCACCUCAAACCAGAAAGGAGUGAAAGCAAUGUGUAUAACACACUUGAAAGGUUUCAUUUUUAUAAGAGUUCAUUUUUCAUAUAAUGGGUUUGUACUGAGGCAAACACAAAUAAUAUUUUUAUGUUUUUAAAUUAAGACUAGAUUUCUGUAUUAUAGCUGCAAAAGUUUGUACUCAAAGAAUCUAAAUGUUCAGUUCCACUAAAUGGAAAAUUCACUUAUUAAAACUUGUAUAAUUCUGUUAAAGCAGAAUUCUCAGUUUGAUUAUGGAGAUAGGGGCUGGGUAUUAAGAACGGAAAAGGAAAGAAAGAAAUGGCAGCAACAAUGGGAGAUUAUAUUUUAAUAGAUGAAAAGGGACAGCUUUGGAGUAAGAAGCAUCAGUGUGACUUGGAAACAUCUUAAACUCACUCUUGUUGGAAUCUUGAAUACUCCUUUUAAAACAUUACAUUUUUAAAUGUUGAGAAAAAUCCCUUUUUGUUUUAGUAAAUUAGCAUAUAAUGCUAUCUUAGGUUAGAUUCAGAGAAGGAAAAGGGAUUUCAAGUAAUUUGUGGAUUGAAACCAUAUAUAUUCCAAUGCAAUUGGUACUAGUUGCAUUUUUUUUCUAUAGGCCCAAAUUCUGGGCUGUAGUAAGAUUAUACAGAUUUCUCAAGCAAAACAUAAAAAUACAGGAAUUUUGAUUUCAUACGGCUUAUAAUGUCACAUUUAGGCAUUCAUACAACUUUAAAUAUAUGUAACAGGCAAUCAGAGGUCCAAAAUAAAUUGUAUAUAACCCUUUUGGAAUUUUCAAAGCACCAUUGCUCUGCAAGCAAAUGUUACAGCCUUUAAAACAGGGAUGGGACCUGGCAGUCUUAUGAAUGUUGUUGCAUUGCAAGUCCCAGCUGCCCAAACCUGCUUAGCCAAGGGUGCAGAGUGCUAAGAGUUGCAGUUCAUCAUCUGGUGGACUGAAUAGUUAUCCAGUUUGAAAAGCUGAGAUAAAACACUGAUUUUCAGAUUCUAACCAUUAAGCACUCGAAUGCAUCUCCUGUUUCUCCUCAGUAUUCCAGUUGGUUUUUAGUGCUAACAGAUUUUAUUGAGUAGUGUGACCAAAUCCUACUGCUGCUUCCCUCAUCCCAAAUUUGCCCGUUCUUCUCAUCUGAUUUAGUGUUGCAGUAACCUUGGUACUACUUCUUUCACACUAAAAUGCUAUGUAAGAGUCCCUCACUAAUGCAGCUUUUGCUAAAUAAAGUUUUGCUGUAGGACUGCACAUAGUCAACAUAUUCCUAAAAGAUAAAUUACCUGAUGUGAAUUAUAUUUGCAAUAUAUGCAUUGUAAGAAGAGGGUGGGUUUUGACCAAUAGCUGCAUACCUUUUUUGGUGAACCAGGCUUACAGUCUGAACCUAACAUUUGAUACAUAACAGUUGUCAUCGUGAUUGUGGUGAGGCAUAACAGAGAUCAAUUUUCAUGGAAGCAGAUCAGUACUUGCAGGGACAUAAUACCAGUAAAGAUGUACCAUGUUUCUUUUUAAAUAAAAAAAAUUAUCAGGGGAUGGGGAAGUUGUUAUACCUUGCAAUCUUAUAACUUAUAUGUGUAUGGAUGUGUGUGCCUUCAAGCCACCUGUCAACUUAUGGUACCUGUUAGCCAUAGUGCAUUUUUCUGAAUUUUAGUGUGUGACGUAUUCCACAUGACCCCCAAUGGACCCUGCUAUGCAGUCCGCCAUAAUCCCCAGAAUGGCAGGACAUGUACGCACUACACCCAGAUGAGGUCAGCCUAAUGGGACCUUUUGGGAACAAUACCCCUAGGACUAGCCCAGCAGGUAGUUUGGGAGUUGCUAAUGGGAUCAUCAUCACCUCCAACAAUCAGAAGAAUGAGCGAUGAUUGUCUAGAUGUCUCACCUGAUGAGCCAGCUAACAACUCCUUUCCCAUUUCCCUUCUUUAUUGACAGACCAGAUUACCUCACCCCAGACAGUCAUACACCUUUGACCAGUGGCUAGUUUUAGCCCUUAAAACCCCCUAGAAAUCUCUCCUCAGUGUGCUAGUUUAGAUUUCUUGGGGACUCUGUCACUGUGAUCUCUAGCCUAGCACCAGCAAUUCCAUUCAGCUAACGCUCUUGGAAUAGCUAUGUUUCACCCUACUUCACCUAAUUGGAUUCCAGAAGCAAGCCUUGUCUGUAGUAAGUAUCACACGUAGUUUUGCCUCAAACCUUUUCCAAGCUAACCCCUGAUUUCCUGAGCCUUGAAUGAAUAAGUGUGUAAUAGUGAAUUGCUGUGUGAUUUUCCCAUUUAAAUAAAAAUA